CGUAUCAAGACUGUAAGUCUUGGACUUAAAUUCACAUUUUGCGAUUUCGUUCUUAUGACUCAAAAUUCAAUUGAACCUUCGGAUUUCGACAAAACUCAUAAAUUAUCUGGAAAAUCAUCAAAAUUUUAGGUAACCAACCAAAAGAAGUCAUCACCGCCAACUGUCAUCUUUGCCCGCAUCCCAAGGCACCGAAAAUGGAGGCAUGUGAUCCUGGACCGGAACGAGCAAUGCGGCAAUACCUAACCCAGCUGCUGGAGACCGGCACCUCCCGAUCCACCGGCUGUCUGGACCGCUUCGUCAAGAAGGGCAUGAGCAAUUUUCCGCCGCCAUCUGCACUUGAAGGCAAGGCGUCCCGUUGCUCGCUUUUCGAGCAGCUCUUGUCCGGCGGAAGCCGGAAAUCGGAGCGUUUACUUGUCCCCGAUCUGGCCACCGAGUGGUUCCGCAAGCAGAAGGUAUUUCUGGACAAGCUUAGCCCCGAGGAGCUGGCCGCCCUAAGCGACGGAUUGGCCAGUAAGGACAGCAAGAAGUCCGGACAGAAACAGUCGAGCAGCUCGACUCCUUGUCGCCAGCAACAACAAGCCAGCAAGUCCGGAGCACCUGCACCUGGUACAGUAGCUAGCCAAAUGAAGGAUGCAGAAGAGUGCGGAGGCAAGGUGGCAGCAUGCAUUCCCACCACGGAGGCUCGAGUUGGUAAUGGCAACCCCUUUCUCAUCGGCAAUGCCCAAACGGAGGAAAUGCAAAGUAAGAGUCCCAAGCGAAGGAGAUUUCACUGGGAGAGGCAUGGCCAUCGCUGUCCAUCGAGAAGAGGCAGCUGCUCCUGCCUGAAGCGACGGGAAGGUUCAUCCUUGGACUGCCUCUUUCAGGCCGAUGGACAGCCCAUGACCAGCGAUUGCCUGGAUGCACUCCGGACGGAGCCGCUGUUGCCGUGCCUGCGACGCAAGUUCGACUUGCGCCAGGCGCCACAACGGCGUCUCGAUCCGGCGCGCUUCCGUCGCAUUUCGCCGGAGUUCUUUCGCAUCCUGGCCAGCUAUGAGGCGGCCAUGACCGAGAGCUGUCCGCUCUAUGGAAUCUCGAUGCAUCACUGGGGCGACACUGAGGCAUAUUGUCCGUGUGGGGAGCGCCAUCCGAAUUUGAAGCAUCGAUUUCUGGGCGACGAUACGGUGGCCACAUCUGUGUUGCCUCCUGCGUGGUCACCAUUUGAAUCCCGGCAAACGGAGGACUUAAAGCAACCCGCCAAGAAGACGGCGGAGAAGAAAGGUUCAAAAUCUUUUAAGGAGAAAUCAGAGAAACUGAACAAGAACUACUGCAACAAUGAAAGCUGCACCAAUGAUUCAUGCUUGGUAACUAAGGAAACGCGAACGGAAUUCAAGGUCGAGUCAACCCUAUUUGAAGAUGAGCGGCAGAAACGAAGGCGAGCGAAGCGGUUGGACAAGCAGCAGAACAAAGCGGAUGGUCAGGAGGUCAGGCAGGUGGACAGUGGGCGAACUUUCCAAUCGUCGAGUUCCUCCGAGAAUAGUAACUCUGAAAGAUGGCAGGGCCGAAGAGGUGAGCAAAAGGACAGGAAGCAAGCGAAUCCCGAACGGAGGAGGAGAUUCCCCAACUGUUUUCGCCGGCAGUCGCAGUCAUACCGAACUGCCUAUGUUCCCACGAGUUUUUCUCCGCCUUCUUCCUAUCCAUCAGCUCUUCCAGUGCCUGCCAAUCCAUCCGCUUCUUCGCCCGCCUAUACACCUACUUCAUCAACUGCAUCUUCGCCAGAAAUGCCGAGGAAAUGCCAGUGCCGACACCAGCCCAGGGGCAUCCUCAGUGGAUUCACAGGGAUCUGCAAGCGUUGCAUUGAACCAGGACGCCAUCUGCUCUACAAUUUGAAUGUGAAUUACCAACAAAACCGGGAGCGGUACGGCCAAAUGCAUCAGAACAAAAAACGGCAAAAGGAGGACCGUGGAACAAGUAUGCCAUUCCAUUUAGCCUCACAGCCGGCACCCUGCAGCUGGAAAAAGUCGAAGGGGGAUUGGAAUGAAAGGUUCGAGGAGGGGACCAGCAGCACCACACUGAAACCCGAAUCUUUUUCCGAUAAUGGUUUCCAGAACUGUCAUCCGGACAGCGAAGGUAUCCGUGAGCAGGCACAUAGCGAACAAUCCUUGCAAUUUCGCACACCCGCCAGCGAACGAACCUUAGCGGGUUGGAAUCAAGUCCAGCAGGAGCAGACUCAAUUGAAGGCGACACAAUUCCAUCCCGACUGUAAAUGGGCACUGCCGCAGGAAUCCUACCAACUUCCGCCCGUUAGUAAUUGCACUUUCGCGCUGGCUGAAGCACAACAAGAGAUGCUCCAAAGUUCCGAGGUGACGAAGAAGUCGAUCAGUAAGGUGGAUAACUCCAAGUGUGGACAUCGAACCAGGGCCUGCUAUCUGGCCAAUGAUUUCCAUCAGCUAAUGAAGCGCGUGGCUAAGAAGAGACCCAAACCUAAACAGGGUCCAAAUAGGUCCAGUAGGUCGAGUCCAGUAUCCACAACUAAAGCAUUAAACAGAACGAAAGAUCAAGAUGCAGCAGCUUCAGGCACUGGAGCAUCAUCGGAACAGUCCAAGGCCCAAGCCAAAUCCCAUUCGAAACCCAUAAUAACGCCGAAAUCUAAGCCGAGGAUAAUAGGUGCUUUGUUGCCAGAUGAAUUCAAUGCCAAGAGAUUAAACCUCACUAACUCGGCCACAGUGAAGCUACGUAAUCUUGGAAAAGUCAUGAAAAAGAAGCAGGAUCAUGAUCCCGGCAGGGAAGCUCCUCCGGUCAAGGGCAGUAGUUCUCUUAGCCUGGGGAGGUUCCAGGUGGGAAACGCUGCUCCAUCAGGAAUUUUUCAAGAUUCUCAGGAGCUACCAAGCACCAGCAAAGGGGAAAACCAAGCGCCGUAUUCCCCAAAUCCCAGUUGCAUGCAACAAAAUGAGACGACUUCACCCAAAGGAUCAUCAAGAGGCACAUCACCGAAUAGACAACGAGAAGCGAAGCUCUCAAAUCCAAGUCUAUGCAAAAAGCAAUGUCAGAGGAGACAAUCCUCCUGCAGUUCCUCCGAACGAUCGCAACGAGAGCGUGUUUCAGAUACUCCUAACAUUUCGGAUGCAUCUUCCUGGACACCAAAAAGUCGGGACCCCGCCAAGAAGCGGGAACAAAGGCAGCGAUUCCAAUACAACUCUACGUAUCCCUUCAACUCCGAUGUCUACUCCAGUCAGUACUUCAGCGCUUGCUCGCGGCCGGAGUCCCACUCACAGUACCGAAGCUCACCUCUGAAAUCGGCCAUGAAGAAGGCGCCAAUUCAAUAUCACGCAUCGCUUCCCAGCACGGCACCAUCGCAUUUGGAGACGGGUCGCAGAUACUACACGGACACGCAGCCGGGAAGUCAGGUGGAUGGAUCCCAGUGUAGCUGUCGCUCCCUGCGCUCGACCACCUCCAUCCGGGCACUCAGCUCCAAUACGGAUAGUGUGCGAUGUCCCUGUGCUCCUGCUCCCUCGGUGGCCAGUGUGGAGCCGUCACAUGAGGUGGUCAAUGCGGAAGAGGAAGAGCAGGAAGAGCAUUGCUGUUGCUGCAGAUACCACACUCAUCAGCCAAGCCAGCCACUGGAUGAACCAUAUUUACAGCCCAGAUCCUCGCCACUUCCAUGUGAGUGCCGACGUCAUAAGGCCAUGUUAUUCAGUGAUGCUAUGAGGUGGGAGCCACAACAGCAUCACCACGCUCGCACUCUACUACGCACUCAGCGUCCACGGCCACCGCCUCCGCCUCUGAAGCACCAAAAUUUGGCCAUGUGUCCAGAGUAUCCGCAGUACCACAUCGAGAACCCACCAGUUCAGCAAACCACAGAAUGGGUUCCAGAGUACCAAGCACCUUGUCACUAUCCAAAUGAUGGUAACCAAAGGUGGGAAGAUCAGGUUGAAGGCACGCCGUAUUAUACGCAGAACAACUACGUCAUGCAUGAUAGUCCACGGAAUAACCCCUACUCCGGUCAGGCGACAUACCAAGAAGGGCCGGGAGGGGAUCGAGCUGGAGCCAUAAGAGCCGCUGCUCAGGGCCUUAAAGGCGUGGUUAAAGCUCUGGGAGGAACUAGGCCAAGAUCGGGACACAAUCCGCAACUGGAUUACUACCAUCAAAGAGGCUACAGCCAAGAACAGAAUCCUACACCCAGGUCGUAUCAAAACCAGAUGCGGGAGAUGCUCCACUCAAACGAUGUCUGCCAUCUACAAGCUCAGGGGGCGAAAAACCGCAUCGAUAACUUUCCACUUUACAGGGGACCAUCCACAUCGACGUACUACGAGAAUUAUCCGUUGAGGAAUGAAACAACCACCAGAUGUAAUGCAAGGGGAAAUACGGAAAGGGACAAAUCGUCGUUCAGGAUGGAAGGUGGGGGAUGGCAAACCGCAGGAGCUUCUCCUUUAGCUAAUGAACCGAAGAAAAUGUCCAAUCUCUCGCCACUUGCCAUUUUUUUUGAGAGCUUAAGAGCAAAACGCGCUUCUUCUGAAAUCCCGUCGAGAAAUAUGCAGCAAGAGGCACAGCAAACGCCGAUCCAUGACAAUGAUUCCGAUACUAUACAAUCCUCCAGUGACGAUGAUGCGGACGCAGAUGACAGCCUGGACUGGAGGCACGGUCAACUGCGCAGGCCCUCGGAAGAUACCAUGGUCAUCCCGCCCACCUACACAGGUCUCCUCGAGGAGCAAGUGCUUGGGGAGUAUCUGCCCAGUCCGCGGCGUAAGCGCAGGAUAUAACUGACAUGGACAUGGCAUGUCCGGAUGUGCAGGAAUCUAUGUAUCAAUAAACCGCUACUUUGUGAUCAAUAAACCAUAGUA